CAAACCAUUUCGGCGCAAGUUAGACGUUACAUUUGUGUCAAAACGUAUUUUCUUCAUAACAAAGUGCUCAGUGAGGUAGUAAGCAAGGUAAUUAUUGGUUGAAUUGUAUAGUCAGAUAAGCAUUUCUAAUGAUUCUAGUCUGUUUCCUGUUAAUGUCCUAACAGGUUAAGGACAUGAAUGACAUUCUAAGGAGACAUACGGACGGUGUACUUUGUUUUAUAAGGUGCUUUUUGGUAUGAAUCAUCUGAGGCCACUUACAACCAACUUAAAAACGUGUGAUAUUUCCACUCCAUCUCACCUUACACUUAUUCAUACUGAAAGUGAAAGCUGAGGUAUGUGGGGGUAUGGAGGAGGGAAAGGGGGAGGUUGUAAAUGUGGUAUGUAUAGAGAGGAGAAACCUGCAGUCUCUCUAAUCAUCUAGAUCUCUGCCUGUCCACCACCAUGUACCUUUACCUCCUCAUCCUCCUCCAACUCCUUUCCUCUGCUGGAGCCUCUGAGAGUGGUAUUGUGGGUGGUAAGAUAGCUAAGCCCCACUCCAGGCCCUAUAUGGUCUCUCUGCAACACAGAGGACGCCAUGUUUGUGGAGGAAUGCUCAUCCGAGAGGACUUUGUCCUGACUUCAGCACACUGCUUAAGGAAUGCUUAUCCUGUAACGGUGGUGCUUGGAGCCCACGACUUAAAGAAGUGGAAGAAGAGCUGUCAGAAGAUUCAGGUGUCACAUUACCAUCGGCAUCCCUUACAUGAGAAUAUAACGCAGAUUAAUUAUGACAUCAUGCUACUGAAGCUAAAGACCACAGCUCGUCUAACCCAGUAUGUGACGGUCGUUGGACUCCCAAAGGAGGAUGAACAUAUCCCAGCAUCCCCCAAGUGCUCCGUAGCUGGUUGGGGCAAGACUAACUCGAACAACAACCAGGGUUCGGACGUUUUGAUGGAAGUGGCGGUGACGGUGGAGGAUAACUCUGAAUGCAAGAGCGUGUGGCAGAAAAACUUUGACAUAAAUCAAAUGAUGUGCACUCGUACUACCGGCGGGAAAGGAUUUUGUCAGGGAGAUUCAGGGGGACCUCUUAUUUGUAACAACAAGGCACAGGGUAUCGUUGCUUUUAAUUAUGCUGAGAGAUGUGAUGAUUCCCAAUAUCCUCAUGUGUACAUGAAAAUCCCUUUCUUUAUGCCCUGGAUUAAAGAGGUGAUGCACGGAUAUGGUGCCAACAUGUCUUUAAACAAGCAGGAAUAAAUAACUAGAAAGUACUGUGACGCUAGUGUACUAACAUAAUGGUAUCUAUUCCUGCAUAAAUACACUGCUUAUCAUGCCCUGGAUAGAGGACACAUUUCUGAUAGAGCUAAACCGUUACCCUUUCAUAGUUGUUAGAGAGAGAGACAGAGAGAAAGAGAGCGACAGAGACAGAGAGAGACAGAGAGAGACAGAGAGAGACAGAGAGAGACAGAGAGAGACAGAGAGAGCGUGUGUGUGUGUGUGUGUGUGUGUGUGUGUGUGUGUGUGUGUGUGUGUGUGUGUGUGUGUGUGUGUGUGUGUGUGUGUGUGUGUGUGUGUGUGUGUGUGUGUGUGUGUGUGUGUGUGUGUGUGUGUGUGUGUGUAGGCUUUUGAAGGGUAUUUUGGCAUUUACUAAUUCAACAACAUGUGAUGAUCCUAAGUACCCCUGUGUUUACAUUAACAAUUAUUUGUUCGUCCUGGAUUGAAGAGGUGAUUUGUGGAUAUUGACAAAGUGUCACAAAACACAGUUCUAUAAUGCAUUGAUAGAUACAUUUUAACAUGUUGUGUACUAAUAUAAAUUAAUCUAAUUCUGCCUAGUACACUUUGUCUGUUGUAUACCUUAAAAAACAGGAAAUACAUGUCUCAGCAGAUUUUAUUUUGUUUACAUUUGAAAAUGUAUUAUUUAGAUCGGCGUAGCUAUCCAGUGCUGGCGUGUCCCCAAAAAACUGCUUUGAACGUUUAUUAAAUCAAACUUUUUCUAAAGA